UGUCUGGAAAUAAAGAGUAACUUCUAAGCUUUAAUAUCAAUUAAUACAACUCAUACACAUCCCAUCAUAAUUUGUUUAGACACUCGCCAACGUGUCGACCGAUCUACUAGCACCGCCAACUCUCACAUGGCAGGCAUCAUGGGUUGUAUUAUUAUACACUCUAAAACAGCUUCAAUACGACGCUAUGUAUUUGCGUUUUGAUGUGAUUCCACUUUUUCCUAUAUAAAUAAUUCCUUCGCUUUCCUCCUUUUACAUUUUCUUUACACUGAACCAUCACUCCGAGAGUGCGCUUCACACAACAAACAAACAAACAAACAAAAAAUGGCUAGGCAAUUUGCCAUUGUUGCGAUCUGCAUCGUCCUCAUCGCCGGCGUCGGAGGCCAAGCUCCGUCGUCACCACCAACCACCACACCAGCACCACCCACUACAACAACUCCACCACCAGCAGCGACUCCUCCUCCUGUCUCAGCUCCUCCACCAGUCACAACUUCUCCUCCUCCAGCCACUCCUCCUCCGGUCGCAACUCCUCCUCCAGUCGCAACUCCUCCCCCCGUCGCAACUCCUCCUCCAGCAACUCCCCCUCCCGUCGCAUCUCCUCCUCCAGCAACUCCUCCACCCGUCGCAACUCCUCCUCCAGCAACGCCUCCUCCAGCUCCUCUUGCAUCUCCUCCAGCUCAGGUUCCAGCUCUUGCUCCUACUAAGCCAGACGCUCCUACUGUAUCUCCGUCGUCUAGCCCUCCUUCCCCAGCGACUGAUGGUCCUGGACCAAGCACCAGUGAGCUCUCUCCAGGACCUUCCACAGGUCCCAAUGACCAGAGUGGAGCAAGCAAGACGGUUUCAAGCUUGGUACUUGGAUCUGUUCUCGUUUGGUUUAUGAUCUAAGCGCGGGAGACUUUCGCUCGGUGUUCCUUUGCAUUUAUUUUCAUGUUGAUGUUUGUUUGUUCCAUUGUUAUUAUACUUUCGGAACCGUAUUCUUUUGGAUUAUUAUCUUUUGGAGAGGAUAUUAUUGAGAGUUGAGAUGGAGAUAUCAGGAUAUUUCGUUUGGAGAUAAUUUGUGGCUUUCCUUCUCAUUCUAUUUGAUUAUUAGUGUACUACAUUGCUUUC